AUGUCGAACACGGCCAUCACAUACACACAAUACCACGACGAGCGGCAGCUUGCGAGUAUCAUGGAUCUCAUCGACACGGAGCUCUCAGAGCCCUACAUCAACAUGACUUACCGGUAUUUCGUGCAUACGUGGCCACAGCUGACGUUUUUGGCUCAUGACCACACCACGGCGCAAUCUCAAUCUCAAUCACUUGCACAGAACUCCGCUCUCGCUGUUGGCGUCGUCGUAUGUAAGCAGGAGAGACACAAGUCGGGGCUGAUGCGCGGUUAUAUCGCUAUGCUCUCAGUGCGUACGGAUUAUCGUAAACGCGGUAUAGCCACGAAGCUCGUGAGGAUGGCGAUAGACGCCAUGAUUAGCGGCGGUGCUGAGGAGAUUGUGCUCGAAACUGAAGUGGAUAAUUCCACAUCUAUUGCAUUUUACAAGAGACUUGGCUUUAUGGCAGAGAAACGCCUUUAUCGGUUCUACAUGAACGGAAAAGACGCUUUUAGGCUUUGUUUACCGGUGGUGGAAGGGGAGGAUAAGUAUGGAUAG